AUGGACAGUUCUAUGGAUACUACCACUACUACUACUACAACACCCCUGAAGUCAAAAAGAUUUCCCACCAUGUUCAAGAAAAUGAUGCUUUCAAGAUUAAAGACCAUUUCAAAAGAUGCAACUUCAGCUGUUAAAUCGUCCGUCCAAAAGAAGACAUCGGCCAAAAAAAAGUCGAAAGCGGCAAUGGAAGCUGAACAGGAAGUUGUGGGUAUGUCAAGGCGGCCAGACACAGCCACGUUGGGCAAACCACUGUUGUUGGACAAGCGGACCGAGAGCGGAACGGAAGUACGGCCAUCAACUACAAAACGUCCGGUUUGUCAACAAUUUAACAGUAGAACAUAUAGGGUCAAAACCAAGGACCGAAAAAGCGUGCUAAGCUUGCCAGAAGUAUCUAAACAGAUACCGAAGAAUCGGAAAAGUUAUUUACCGAUUAAAGUGAAGCCGAUUGCUCCAACUCCACCAAUUCGGCAACGUAUCCAAAAGAUGUCGUCUCCGUCAAACGACCAGGAAAACGUUAAACAGAAUACUAUUAGUGAGAGAAUAGAAAAAAAACCCGAAGAAUAUCGUCCAGAAAAAUGGAUUCCAACGGCUGUUGGAUCAGCAAGGAAGAAAAGGCUUGUUUUGUGCUAUUUGUGCGGUAAAGAAUUCGGUACUGCUUCGUUGCCAUUUCACGAACCUCAGUGUCUCAAGAAAUGGAUCCAAGAAAAUUCCCGACUACCCGAACAUUUACAAAGAACUAUGCCAAAGAAACCGGAAAAUCAAAUUGUUUCUGUUGAUGAUUGGAAUAAGUUGGCAUGGGAAGCCACUCAGUCGAAUUUGGUGCCAUGCGAUUUUUGCCAACGGAAGUUCCUAGCAAACAGACUUGAAGCCCACUCAAGAGUUUGUAUUGAAUCCAAGAAAAAAACGGUAGCCGCGCCAAAGUUACCAGCUAAAUCAGCCGUUGUCAUGGACAAACCUAAAAAGAAACCGGCGCCUUGUUACGUGUGCGGUCGCCUGUUCGGGACCGCGUCUAUAGGGAUUCACGAACCUCAGUGUCUGAUCAAGUGGACCCGAGAAAACGAUAACUUAGCACCACAUCUCCGACGACCUGUGCCCACCAAACCGGAACUGAUCAUCGACGAAGUAACGGGCAAGGUGGAUCAACAGGCUACCAGAGAAGAACACUGGAAAUCGUACUUGUCACAGCUCGUUCCAUGCGACCGGUGCAAACGGACAUUCGACCCGGACAGGUUGGAAGUGCACCAGAGAAGUUGUAAAGGAGUGACAAAAUAA